UAUUGUCUUAUUCACAAUAAGGUCAGUAAGUAGAUUACUGCUGUCCAUACUACUGACAGUCCCUGUCGUCACAUGAAGCCUGUAUCAGAUCUACCUCAACUGUCGCAAGUGUUGGCAUGUCAUCCUCCUUGUCCGUCAGCUCUCAGCUAAAUAAAGUACUACGCUCCCACUACCUCAGCCUUCCUCAAGGAGGUCUCUGUCUGGUCACCUAUGUUUGGAUUGAUGGCUCUGGGGAGAGCCUUCGGAGCAAAACCCGAACCUUGGAGUCUGAACCCAGCAGCAUUGAGGAUAUACCAGAGUGGAACUUUGAUGGCUCUAGCACUAACCAAGCUGAGACUUCUAGCAGCGACAUGAUCCUGGUUCCAGUAUGUAUAUUCAGAGACCCUUUCACUCUGGACCCCAACAAACUGGUGCUCUGUGAGGUGCUCAAGCACAACUGCAAACCUGCAGACACUAAUCAUCGGCAUGUCUGCAAGAAGAUCAUGGAGAAGGUGAAGGACUUCCACCCAUGGUUUGGGAUGGAGCAGGAGUAUACGCUGCUGGGUAUAGAUGGACAUCCUUACGCCUGGCCAUCAAAAGGUUACCCCAAACCACAAGGUCCAUAUUACUGUGGUGUGGGUGCAGAUAGGGCCUAUGGCAGAGACAUUGUAGAGUGUCACUAUAAAGCAUGCAUUUAUGCAGGCAUCAAAAUUUGUGGUGCCAAUGCUGAGGUCAAGCCCUCUCAGUGGGAGUUCCAAGUGGGUCCAUGUGAAGGAAUUGAAGUAGGAGAUCACCUGUGGAUGGCGCGCUUCCUAUUGCACAGAGUGUGUGAAGACUUUGGUGUAAUUGCCACUCUUGACCCCAAACCCAUCCCAGGGAACUGGAACGGAGCUGGCUGCCACACUAAUUUCAGCACCGAGGCCACUAGAGCAGAAGGAGGUCUUGAGCAUAUCGAGAAGAUCAUAGAAAAAUUACGCGCACAUCAUGUCCAGCACAUACGAGUCUCAGAUCCUCAUGGUGGUCAGGACAACCAGAGGAGACUCACAGGCUUUAACGAGACCUCCAGCAUCCAUGAGUUCUCAGCUGCAGUGGCUGAUCGUGGAGUCAGCAUCCGCAUCCCCCUGCAGGUUGGCAAGGACAAGCGUGGAUAUUUGGAGGAUCGCCGGCCUGCCGCCAACUGUGACCCAUAUGCUGUGACUAGUGCUAUUGCUCAGACCUCCCUAAUGGAGGAAGAGGAGGAAGAUACCUUGAAUGAUCUGGAUAUUAAUGAUUUGGAGUAAAACACUCCAAAUAAUACUAAUAAACAUGGUUUAAUGUUACUGGAUAUAUAAUAUAUAGUUUAUAGAUUUUUUUUUUGAAUAUGUUGAAUAUACGUAUAUACUCUAUAUACUAGAUAAUAGAUCCAUGCUAGUUAGAACAUACUCUUAAAAAUGCUGAAAUGAUACACAAGCGAUUUGUUGUAAGGCAAGACGUUGCACAUAAUUAUACCAAAUGCACAUAAUUCUGACAGUGUCUAUACCAGUACGAUGCCACUCUGUAAAAAUGUGAAAUAAUGCAAUUUUGAAAGUGUCUGGGAAAACUGUGACAUUAGCAGUGCUAUAAAAUAUGUUUGACUUGCACUGUAUCUUAAGCCUAAGAAAUUAUUGUUAUUCAAAUUUGACAUUUUAUU